AUGGCCUGUUGUACUAUGGCUCCUCCGGACCUCAACCUCCCCGGUCCUUCGCUUUAUGCCCAGCAGUCGAUUGCACUCGGCAGCUCCUGUAACAACUUCGCGUCGAUGGCUGCUCCUUACGUUGCCCUGCCCCACCAGCAGCGCUUGCGAGCCGACACCCCUCCUCUCGACGAUGAGCACAACUCCAUCAAGCCAUUCGAUGGCCACAAGCCCAUCUACCGCGGCGGCUUUGACUCCCAGCUGAGGCGCGUCCUUGACGACAUUGACAUCCACGGCUGCGAAGCCAACGGAGAAAAUGCAUUCUUUGUCGCUGACCUUUCCGAGGUGUACCGCCAGCAUCUUCGCUGGAUGCGAGCUCUUCCUCGCAUCGUGCCCUUCUACGCGGUCAAGUGUAACCCCGACCCAUACGUUCUGCAGCUUCUUGCAUCGCUCGGGACCGGAUUCGACUGCGCCUCUAACGGCGAGAUUGAGGCCGUCCUUAAGCUUGGCAUUAACCCCGCCAGGAUCAUCUACGCCAACCCAUGCAAGGCUGCCAGCUUUGUUCGACAUGCUGCCGCCAAUAAUGUUGGUCUCACCACUUUUGACAAUAUUGAUGAGCUCGAAAAAAUGAAGCGCUACCACCCUUCCUGCAAGCUUGUGGUGCGCAUCCUCACUGACGACUCCAAGAGUGCCUGCCAGCUUGGUCUCAAGUUUGGCGCUCCUCUGGAUUCUGUCCCUCGUCUGCUCCAGCGUGCUCGCGAGCUUGGCCUCGAUGUCGUCGGUGUCAGCUUCCACGUCGGAUCUGGCUGCUACGACCCCGACUCUUUCCGUGACGCCGUCCACCGUGCUCGCCGUGCAUUCGAGAUGGGCAAAGAAGUUGGCUACACUUUCGACCUCCUGGAUGUUGGCGGUGGUUUCGGUCACGACAACUUUGAGAUGGUCGCCGGCGUCCUCGGCCCCGCUAUUGACAGAUACUUCCCAGACGAGGACUUUGCUCCUGGUGGAAAGGAGGUUGUUGGCAAAGUCAAUGGUCUCAGGAUCAUCGCCGAGCCUGGCCGUUUCUACGUUCACUCCGCAUUCGCGCUCGCCACGAACAUCAUCGCUGCUCGUCGAGGCGAGCCUAGCGCCGCCGACACAGAGGUCAAUGCCACCAAGCCUCAGGUCAUGUACUACCAGAACGAUGGUCUCUACGGCUCGUUCAACUGCGUCAUCUUCGACCAUGUCACUGUUCACCCCAAGGUGCUCACCCUUGGCUACGAGUACGCUUACGAGCCCACCAUCGCUUCUCCCGGCGUCCCUGCCGUCGCCGCUGACGACACUGCCGAGGAGCAGGAAGCAAAGACGCUUCAGACUUGUAGCGUCUGGGGCCCCACUUGCGACUCCAUUGACUGCGUCCGUGACCUUGUUCAGCUUCCUAAGGGUCUCAAAGUCGGUGACUGGCUCGUCUACGAAAACAUGGGCGCUUACACCAUCUGCGCUGCUUCCACCUUCAACGGCAUCCGUCGCUCCGAGAUUCGUUACACCCUCGGUGAAGGCGAAGAUGCCGAAGUCGUUCGUCAGCUCAUGCUGCAGUAA